CAGGUCAAUAAUUUUUUUUCCGCUUACCCUAUUUUCUCUUACUCGAGCGUCACCUCAUGGCCUCUGAGUCCUCCGCAGCAGCCUCUUCCAUGAUGGCGCCGUUCUCCAGCAACUCGCCACCGGUGACCGAACAGUCGGUGAUUUCUUCCUUCAUCUCUGACGCAACAGGUUCCCCUGUUCUGCGGUCGCCGACAUCCACGCUGUUCUCCACUUUCCCACCACCGCCAGUCUUCUCUAUGACGGAACCCUAUGCUCUUUUUCAGCAGCAGCCACCUCGGCUUCUGUGGCAGGCGCCUCCCCAGACAUCGUCGACAAACAUAACCCCAUCACAACCGCCUACUUCCCCGUUCUAUGGUGCAACCUUCUCUUGCUCAAUUCGUCUCUCACAUCACCACAAUCUCUCAGACCGUGACAAUCAAACUCAAGGCGGUUGAAAACUAUCUCACUUGGCACACCCAAUUUGAAUCAUUCUUGGUCUCUCAGGGUCUCUUCGGCACGGUUGAUGGUUCUAUUCAGGUGCCCCUAUGUACACGGUUGAUGUUAUUAAUCGUCAAAUUCCAAAUCCAGAGUAAUAUUAUUGACUGAGAGUAGAUCAAACAAUUCAGUGCUAGUUGUUUGCUACUCUCACUCGUGAUGUAUUGGUUGAUGUUCAUGAUUUAAAGCACUCCUUUGCAAUUUGGAACCGGCUGCAAACACGAUUUAUGUCUGCUAGUUUACCGCGGUGUAUGGAACUCAAUCGUUUACUGUCUAAUAUGAAAAAGAAAGAAGAUCAGUCCAUGGAACACUAUCUGAGAGAUGUCAAGAAUUUGGUGGAUGCCUUGGCUGCCAUUAAUUCUCCUGUGUCGGAAAAAGAAUUACUCCAGUCUAUUCUUAAAGGUCUGGGUCGUGACUAUAAAUCACUUGUCACGACUGUCUCUCUUUUUCCCGACAGCUUUUCGUUUGAUAUUCUCCAUCCCCGCCUCUUGGAAGAAGAACAAAAGGUCCUCUAACAACGUCAAUAGGAGGAAGCUACUGGACACCCGACCUUUCUUGCUGCCCCUACCGGUCAGCCCUCUCCAGCACCAUCUUACCGUGGCAGAGGCGGCCGUGGGCGGGAAAACCAUGGCAGGAGGGCCGUGGGCGUGGCCGCGGACAACAACCGCAUUAUCACACUGGCCAGGCCACCUACGGCCAGCAGCAGCUUCUGGCGAGUCAGCAGUACCAUCAGCCCCGUCAACUGGGACAGCCAGGUCAAUUGGGUCCUCCUUACGGUCAACCUACUGUUUUGCCACAGGGGGUGCAUUCCCACACUUCAGGCUUCCCGUCAUCUGAGGGUAUUCUUGGGUCUGUUCCACCUCCUAUUGUUUGCAAACUUUGUUUCAAUACAGGUCAUUCUGCUCGUCAAUGUCCAUCUCGUUUUAGUCAGACGUCUGCACCCGCACUUCUGGCCUCUAACAGUGACUCUAAUGUUGUUUUAUGGUACCCUGACUCUGGAGCUUCCGCUCACAUGACACCUUCCGAAGGUACUUUAGUUAAUAAAUUACCUUAUAUAGGACCACUUUCGGUUAGUAUUGCUAAUGGAACUCAACUCCUAUUAUUACUAUUGGUGAUGUUCAUUUAAAGUCAUCUAGCCGUCCUCUUGUUCUUAAAUCUGUUUUUCAUGUGCCUCAUAUUAAGUUUAAUUUAUUAUCCAUAAAUAAGUUAUGUGCUGAUAACAACUGUGUGGUAAUUUUUGAUAAAACUUCUUUUUGUGUUAAGGACAAACUUUCGGGAGCGAUCCUUCUUCAAGCACCUAGUUCUGGUCAUCUUUAUCCAGUUCGCCUCAGUUCACCACCACCACUUGCUUUGUCAUCUAUUACAUUCUCUGGCCCUAUUUGGUAUCGUAGAUUAGGCCAUUGUGGCACUUCUAUUUUACGUCGGUUACAUAAGCAAAAUCAUAUUUGUAGUAGUUCUAGUUUUUCUCAUGAUUGUAUUUCUUGCCGUUUAGGCAAAUCUCAACGUUUACCCUUUCAAGAUGCUAGUCAUAUUACAUCAAUGCCUUUGCAAUUAAUUCAUUCAGAUGUAUGGCAAUCACCUAUUUUGUCAAAUCUUGGUUUUAAAUAUUAUGUCUGCUUUAUUGAUGAUUUUUCACGCUUUACUUGGCUUUAUCCCAUGCGCAACAAGUCUAAAGUUUUCACCAAUUUUCAAAAAUUUAAGGCAUUAGUUGAAAACCUUUUUGCACUAAAAUUAAAGUUUUUCAAAGUGAUGGAGGGGUGAAUUUGUUAAUUUUAAUACGCAGCAUUUUUUUAUAUUCAUGGAAUUCAUUUUCACAAAUCGUGUCCAGACACACCCCAACAAAAUGGGGUGGCUGAGCGUAAACAUAAACACCUAUUAGAACUAACUAGAACUAUGCUUCUUGAAGCCUCUAUUCCUAGCCAUUUUGGGUUGAUGCUCUUUUAACUGUUGCAUAUACUAUUAAUCGUUUGCCUUCUCCCUUACUUGGAAACUUAUCUCCUUAUGAAAAACUUUUUCAAAAAUCUCCUGACUAUUCUUUUUUGUGAGUUUUUGGAUGCUCUUGUUUUCCUAUUAUCUCGGCCUCAUCUGCUAAUAAGUUGUCUGCUCAGUCUAUUCACUAUAUUUUUAUUGGCUAUGCAUCUGGCUAUAAAGGGUAUCGUUGUCUUGAACCCAAGUCUGGCAAAAUUUACAUCAGUCGUCAUGUUAGGUUCCUUGAGAAUAACUUUCCCUUUCCAUUCCUUGUUUCUUCUUUACCUGAGUCAAACCCCACUCCUCCAUCGGAUUUCCUCCUAACUAAUACCCUUCGACAACCUACCCUACUGCCAGAGUCUACUACGGCAGCCCCAACAUCCAUACCUACUUCCAUAACCUCCCCAUCCCAACCUGCUACUGUCUUUGACUUUGUCAGUGACCAACAUUCAACCCCUGCGACACUCUCCCAGCCCAACAGCCCACAUUCCACCCAAACCACCCCACUGAACCACUUACCGUCUCCCAGCACGUCAGCUACCACCUCCUCUAUGUCUCAGCCUUCUUCAUCCACCAUAUUGCCGAGCCCUCCCAGUCCACCUAGUUCUCGAAAUAAUGUCCAUCCCAUGCAAAUUCAGGCUAGGUCAGGAAUUUAUAAACCAAAAACGAUUUUUACAUUAAGCACAGUUGUUAACUCAGCAGAUCCAACUUGUUUUUCUGAGGCAACCAAAUCUUUUAUUUGACGUGAGGCGAUGCCCGAUGAAUUUAAUGCACUCAUUAAUAAUAAUACAUGGAACCUAGUUCCGUUUGACAAUACUAAAAAUGUGGUUGGGUCUAAGUGGAUUUACAAAACUAAGUUUCACUAUGAUGGGUCUAUUGAGCGCCAUAAAGCCCGUUUAGUCACUCAAGGAUUUAACCAGCAGGCUGGUGUGGACUUUUCUGAGACCUUUAGUCCUGUUGUUAAACCCACCACAGUUCAUAUUGUUCUUACUCUUGCUAUUUCUUUUGGGUGGGUUAUACGUCAAUUGGAUGUUAAAAAUGCCUUUUUACAUGGUCAUCUCACUGAAGAGGUUUAUAUGCGUCAGCCACGGAGCUUUGUUCAUCCUCAUUUUCCACACCAUAUUUGUCGUCUGCGCAAGGCCAUUUAUGGUCUGAAGCAGGCUCCGUGUGCUUGGUUUCAUCGUUUUAGUAGUUUUCUCCUUACUCAUAAUUUUGUAUGUAGUAAGUCAGAUAAUUCCUUGUUUAUUUGUCGUCAGGGACACUCCAUUAUUUAUUUAUUGUUGUAUGUGGAUGAUAUUAUUAUUACUGGUAACUCACCCUCUCUGAUUUCUUCCUUUAUUAAUAGCAUAGCUUCUCACUUUGCUAUGAAAGAUCUGGGUGAUCUCCAUUUUUUCUUGGGCGUACAGGCAAUAAGAAAUUCUAAGGGUCUUUUUCUUAGUCAGCAAAAAUAUGUGUCUGAUUCGCUUCUUCAUUUCCAUCUUCACACACUUAAGCCUGUUCGCACACCUCUUGCUACACGCACCUCCCUCUCCCUCACUGAUGGUGAACUCCUGUCUGAUGCUACUGAGUAUCGAAGUAUGGUAGGUGCAUUACAAUGUUUAACUUUGACACGACCUGAUAUUACUUAUGCAGUUCAUUUAGUGUCUCAAUUUAUGCAUGCCCCUCGUACUACUCAUAUGUUUGCGGUCAAGCGCAUUUUUAGAUAUUUACAGGGAACUCUGGAUCAUGGCCUCUGGCUUCAGACUUCCGCGCGUCCAGUGUGUAUUUUAGCCUAUUCUGAUGCUGAUUGGGCAGGUUGCCCAGAUAGCUCUCGCUCUACUACUGGUUUUGCUGUCUUCUUGGGUCCUAAUCUUGUAUCUUGGAAGUCCAAGAAGCAGCUUACAGUCUCCAAAUCAUAUACAGAGGCAGAAUAUCGAGCCAUUGCUUACACUGUACAAGACACUUUGCAUAUCCGAUCCAUUCUUUUUGUGCUCAGCUUCCCUAUACGUGACCCAGUUCAGUUGUUGUGUGAUAAUAUCUCUGUUUCGUAUCUUACUGCUAAUCCAGUCCAGCAUGCUCGAAGCAAGCAUAUUCAGAUUGACUACCAUUUUGUUCGGAAAAGAGUGGCGCAUGGUGAUUUAGUUGUUAAAUAUAUUCCCACGCAUCUUGAGCUUGCUGAUAUAUUUACAAAAAGUUUAUCUAGUCAGCAAUUUCAUUUUUUAAAAGACAACCCGCACGUUGUAUCUCCCGCACAUCUUGAGGGGAUGUAAUAGUCAUAUUAUAUUAGGACUUCUUCUGUAUUUAGAACACUAUUGUUUUAUUAUAAAUACACCUGUCAGGGCUCCUAUUGGAGCACGACUUUCCAUUAUUCUCAC